ACAACAUGGUCAGAUAGAAAAAAACUCUUUUGGACGCCGCACGCUUUUUCCGCUGCUCCGGUUUUCCUUGCCGCACACUAUCCUGCAACACCCACACACAUUCGCCAAACGAACGCGACCAAAAAGAAAACAAAAUCUAAAUCGGCGCAAACAAGGAAUCUCUUUUUAUAUUCCUAUUGUGAAUGAUACUUUGUGCAAGUUAUCUGUUCAAACACGAAAUCAAAAAACCACGCAACUAUUUUUGUGCAUUUUGUUUUGCUCUGUGUCGAGAGAGUGGAUGAAAAAAUAACCGCAAUAAAUCAAACAAAAAAAUCUGUACGCGUGUUAUACACACCUAAGUGUCCUGCAGGAAGGACUUCGCAUUCAUUUAUGCCCCCCGGUGUUUUCACGCUCUGAAGGAUUAUUCCCAAUUGCCACAUUUCAACAACCUCGCGGACACACUGAACAUCAGAAUCCUCGUAGAGUUCUCUAAACGAUCUUGAAGCAUUCACAAGAUGGGCGAACUCGAAGAGAAGGAAACCCCGCCCACUGAGACGACAGCCGCCCAGCAGGAGGCGUUGGACGAGCCCAAGGAAACGGACAAAAUGCUGGACAAGAAGGAGGAGUGCAAGGAGAAGACGCCCAGUCCGCAGACCUCCAAGCCAUCAUCUCCCAAUGCCGGCAAGAAGUCAUCAUCCACACCUGUGCCGGAAAAGAAAACCGAUGGCGCCGAACCAGAGAAAUCCAAGCCGGGAAACGGUGAGGAGAUCAUCGAUAUUCCCGCCGAGAAUGGCACAAAAACCGAGGGCGGCGACGACAAGAAGAUCAGCAAAGAGGAGCGAGAGGUCAAGCCCAAGAAGAUUCCCAUUGGAGGUCUCAAGCUGCCCGGUUUCUUCAUGAAGAACAAACCGAAAGCCGAGGGCGAUGGUGCUGAAGGAGAGCUCCUCGAAAAGGAGGAGGAUAAGGAUAAGGAGGCCAAUGGGGAUGCCGCCGCCGCUGCUGGCAAGGAUGAGCAGAAAUCUCGUCCGGGAUUGGGGGAGCGUCUGCGCAACUUGUUUGCCCGCAAGCCAUCCGCCGAAAAGGAAAAGAAACAACUGGUCAAUGGAGAUGCCGAUGCCAAGUCGGAAGCGACAGCUGAAGCUGCUCCCGCUGAUGAUGCCGAAGCUCCUCCAAAACGAGGACUCUUAAAUGCCAUCAAGCUGCCCAUUGCCAACAUCAUACCGAAAAAGAAGAGCAGCGAUGAUGUGGAGUUGGGAUUGGGUAAAGCUGGUCUGGCCUCCAUGGAAACACUUGAUGACUCCCUCAAGGAUCAGGACACCGUUGACCGCGCUCCCGUCAAGACCAAUGGCACCGAAGAUCUGAAGGGCGAACUCAAGGAUGAAAAGCUGGCGGCGGAGGAGAAGCUGGCCGCCGAGGAGGAGGAGCAGAACCGACCCGUCUCCCUGUUGACUCGCCUGCGUGGCUACAAGUGCAGUGUGGAUGAUGCUCUCAUCGUCUUUGGUAUUCUGCUGUUUGUGCUCCUCUUGGCCGUUAUUGGUUAUGUGCUGACCCACGAGACUUUGACAUCGCCGCCGCUGCGGGAGGGACGCUACAUCAUGGCGGUGACGAGCUGCGGACCCGUGGAGGGUGUUAAGGAGGAUGGAGCCUUCGCCUUCCGUGGCAUUCCGUAUGCGAAGCCACCGGUGGACAGGCUGAGAUGGAAGCCGGCGGAGUUGAUCGAUGACAUCAACAUGUGCUGGAAUGAUACUCUGCCCACGCACAACAGCAGUGUGGUGUGCACCCAGAGAUUGGGCAACGGCACCACCGUGGGCGACGAGGACUGCCUCUACUUGGACGUGGUCACCCCGCAUGUGCGCUACAACAACCCACUGCCAGUGGUGGUCCUGAUUGGCGCUGAAUCCUUGGCUGGUCCCUCGCCGGGCAUCUUGCGUCCAUCGGCUCGCUAUUCGCGAUCGCACGACGUGAUCUUUGUGCGUCCCAAUUUCCGCUUGGGUGUCUUCGGUUUCCUUGCUCUGGAUGCUCUGACCAAGGAGGCACAUCCGCCCACGUCUGGCAACUAUGCACUCACCGAUCUCGUGGCUGUUUUGAACUGGAUCAAGCUGAACAUUGUUAACUUCGGUGGCGAUCCGAACUCCGUCACUUUGCUGGGUCAUCGCGCUGGAGCCACUUUGGUGACCCUGCUGGUCAACUCGCAGAAGGUGAAGGGUCUCUACACCAGGGCAUGGGCCUCAUCUGGAUCGGCCAUUCUUCCUGGAAAACCCCUGGGCGAAUCUAGCAAACUCAACGAGCAGCUGAUGGCCACUUUGGAGUGCGCGGAUGUGGAGUGCCUGCGCGAUGCAUCGAGUGAGCGACUGUGGGCCGCCACUCCCGACACCUGGCUGCACUUCCCGGUGGAUCUGCCACAGACACAGGAGGCGAAUGCCAGCGGCAGCCGUCACGAGUGGUUGGUUCUCGACGGCGACGUGGUCUUUGAACAUCCCUCGGACACCUGGAAACGCGAGCAGCUCAGCGAGAAGCCAAUGCUGGUGAUCGGCGCCACGGCCCAUGAGGCGCACACCGAGAAGCUGCGGGAGCUGCACGCCAACUGGACGCGCGAUGAGGUGCGUGCCUAUCUGGAGAACUCACAGAUUGGCGCUUUGGGUCUCACCGACGAGGUUAUUGAGUUGUACAACGCCAGCAGCUAUGCGUCACUCGUGGCCAUCAUCUCGGACAUACGCAGCGUGUGCCCGCUGCUGACGAUCGCGAGACAGCAGCCGACAGUGCCAUUCUAUGUGGUCACCCAGGGCGAGGGAGUCGACCAGCUGGCCAAUGUGGACGCCGAUGUCCAGGCCAUUCUGGGUCGCUAUGAGCCGCACACCGUGGAGCAGCGCCGCUAUGUGUCGGCCAUGCAGCAGCUAUUCUACUACUAUGUGUCUCAUGGCACGGUGCAAUCGUUCAUCCACGACCGUCGUGUGAUCAAUGUCGGCCAGGAUGCGCAGCCGCAGGAGGACUACUCGCUCUGCAAUUACUGGAUCAGCAAGGAUAUAGUGCCGCGAUAUGCGCGCGUCGAUUAAGCAAACCAAAAUCCCACAAGCUAACAACACUUCUCCCCUGACUUUAGCCGCCUGGGGGAUCGAUUUAUCUCAUUCAGCUUUGUCGCUGCUUCCAUUUCUAUUAAAUUUAAAGCUACAUGCAUUUAUUCAACAUCAAAACUUGUCAAAAAAAAAGUAAAAGUUCGAUCAUUUGGAUUUAAAUUGUAUUAAAUCCAAAUCCCUUAAAUUUAAUAGAAAUCGAGAGCCGGAAUUCAAAGCUUCGUUUUCCUGACUUUGUGUCGAGUUUAGUUUAGCCUAAGUGAAUCUAGUGUUUAUAUAUAUAUAUAUAAAUAUGUCUAUCGGACAACUGUAUAUUUAGUUCUCGUACAGUUUAAGUUUAAAGUCUUUUAAGUUACAAUGACUCCAUCUCUCUAAUCUUAACUUUAACGAACACAAAACACACACAUACACGAAAAGCAAAAACACAAAUAAAACAUCACAAAACAUACAAUAUUAUACUUGAAAAGUAUA